ACGAAGAGCAUUUCGAAACCAAAUCUCAUAAAACCCACCCAAAAUAUUAAGAGUAGAUCGAGAGAGAUCGCAAUGAGGAAGUGGACUCUUCCGUCCGUUUUGUUUCUGAUAUGUCUCCUCUUUCUUCUUCCAGAUCAAGGUCCAAAGUUACAUGCGAAUGCAGAAGCUGAUUCAGAUAAAUUAGUGGAUCCACCCAAGAUUGAAGAUAAGCUUGGUGCUGUUCCACAUGGUUUGUCUACUGAUUCGGAUGUUGCCAAGAGGGAAGCUGAGUCAAUGUCCAGGAAAAGCCUCCGCAGCAAUGCUGAGAAGUUUGAGUUUCAAGCUGAAGUAUCUCGGCUUAUGGACAUCAUUAUCAACUCUCUUUACAGCAACAAAGACAUUUUCUUGAGGGAAAUAAUCUCCAAUGCAUCUGAUGCUCUGGACAAAAUUAGAUUCCUCUCUCUUACUGACAAGGAGGUAUUAGGUGAAGGUGAUGACACCAAGCUUGAGAUCCAGAUUAAGUUAGAUAAAGAAAAGAAAAUCCUUUCCAUCCGUGAUAGAGGUGUGGGUAUGACAAAGGAGGAUCUAAUCAAGAACUUAGGAACAAUUGCCAAGUCUGGAACUUCAGCUUUUGUGGAGAAAAUGCAGACAAGUGGAGAUCUUAAUCUCAUUGGUCAAUUCGGUGUUGGGUUUUACUCUGUAUAUCUUGUUGCUGACUACGUUGAAGUCAUCAGCAAACACAAUGAUGACAAACAGUAUGUUUGGGAGUCAAAGGCUGAUGGGGCAUUUGCAGUUUCUGAAGAUACAUACAAUGAGCCACUUGGUCGUGGAACUGAAAUAAGAUUGCACUUAAGGGAAGAAGCUGGAGAAUACCUUGAAGAGUCAAAAUUGAAGGAUUUGGUGAAGAAAUAUUCUGAAUUUAUCAACUUCCCAAUUUACCUUUGGGCUACCAAAGAGGUUGAUGUUGAAGUCCCUGCUGAUGAAGAUGACUCCAGUGAUGAUGAAGAAAAACCAGAAUCAACAGAUGGGGAUGAAGAGAAGGAAGAGGAAGACUCUGAAGAUGAACCAAAACCAAAAACCAAAACCAUUAAAGAAAAAACUUUCGAAUGGGAACGUUUGAAUGAUGUUAAAGCUAUUUGGUUGAGAAGCCCAAAGGAAGUAACCGAAGAAGAAUACACAAAAUUCUAUCACUCUCUUGCCAAGGAUUUUGGUGAUGAGAAGCCAAUGGCAUGGAGUCAUUUCAAUGCCGAAGGUGAUGUUGAAUUCAAAGCUGUUCUUUUUGUCCCUCCAAAAGCUCCUCAUGAUCUAUACGAAAGCUACUACAAUUCAAACAAAUCUAACCUCAAGCUUUAUGUUAGAAGAGUAUUCAUCUCUGAUGAAUUCGAUGAGCUUCUACCCAAAUAUCUAAUGUUCUUAAUGGGUCUUGUUGAUUCGGACACUUUACCACUUAAUGUCUCACGAGAAAUGCUUCAACAACACAGCAGUUUGAAAACAAUUAAAAAGAAACUCAUCAGAAAGGCCCUUGACAUGAUCCGUAAACUUGCUGAAGAAGACCCUGAUGAAUCCCAUGAUAAAGACAAGAAAGAUACAGAAGUGGAAGAAUCAAAGGAGAAUGAUGAGAAGAGAGCAAACAGAAAACCGUUUAGCAAACUUCUCAGAUUCGAAACAACAAAGUCAGAUGGGAAGCUGACAUCACUGGAUCAAUACAUCUCAAGAAUGAAAUCUGGACAGAAAGACAUCUUCUACAUCACAGGAAGCAGCAAAGAGCAGCUUGAAAUCCCCCUUCCUUGAACGCCUCAAGAAGAAAAACUUUGAAGUGAUUCUGUUCACAGAUCCUGUUGACGAAUACUUGAUGCAAUAUUUAAUGGAUUUUGAAGACAAAAAAUUCCAAAACGUGUCAAAGGAAGGUUUGAAACUCGGGAAGGAUUCAAAGGAUAAAGAAGUGAAAGAGUCGUUUAAAGAGUUGACAAAAUGGUGGAAGGAAGCUCUUGCGAGUGAAAACGUUGAUGAUGUGAAAAUUAGCAACCGUUUAGCUGACACCCCGUGUGUAGUUGUCACAUCUAAAUACGGAUGGAGUGCUAAUAUGGAAAGAAUCAUGCAAUCUCAGACUCUGUCUGAUGCUAGUAAACAAGCGUAUAUGCGUGGGAAAAGAGUGCUUGAAAUUAACGCCAGGCAUCCCAUUAUCAAAGAGCUUCGUGAGCGAGUUGUCAAAAACCCUGAGGUAAUUUUACAAAGUAAAAAAUGGGU